AUUGCUUCGAAGGGUUGGCACUUGUCAGUUGGCACGGUUGAUAAAAGAAAAACAGACUCAAAAGAGUAGUAAUUACAUUUUUAUGGGUGAAAAAGACUAUUUGUCGUAAUUUAUAGCUGCUAUGCGACAGAGUGGCUUGUUUAAAGCCGUUUUGUCACACUCCGUAAGCCAUGCCGGUGGCGAAAUAUGAACAGCUGUGCACGAAAGGGGAUGCUGAAGAUGAUGUGUUUACAAGUAAGCCGCGCAGCAAGUGGCGCGAGGUCUGCGUGCAGAAGAGCCUGUUGUCCUUUGGGCUCAUCCUGCUUUACUUCUCGCUGUCGAUAGGCCUCACUUUCUAUCAGAGAUGGCUUCUCAAAGAUUUCGGUUUCCCACUAACAGUGGUGAUGUACCACUUGAUAGUGAAGUGGGUGCUGUCAGUAGUGGUCCGGUUGGUGCUGUACUGCGCUACAGGCACCCCGCAGCUGGUGCUGCCGUUUGUCACCUGCCUCCGAUCGGUAGGACCUACUGGCCUGGCCAGCGGUAUCGACGUAGGGUUCUCCAACUGGGGCCUGGAGCUGGUGACAAUAUCCCUGUACACCAUGACAAAGUCAACCACAAUAAUUUUCAUACUUGGAUUUGCCAUUCUGCUCGGACUUGAGAAAAAAUCAUGGUCACUCGUCGGCAUAGUGCUGAUGAUAUCCACCGGGCUGAUCAUGUUCACUUACAAGGCGACUCAGUUCAACUUGGUAGGGUUUAACUUUUUGCUGCUUGCGUCGUUCGCGGCCGGGCUGCGCUGGACCUUCGCCCAGCUCCUCAUGCAGAAGAGUAAGCUGGGGCUGCAUAACCCUGUCGACAUGGUGUUCCACGUGCAGCCGUGGAUGUUCGUGUCGCUGCUGCCGUUUACAGCCAUGUUCGAGGGGUACGACUGUUUCCUGAAGCUAGCAGCGCUGCCGCCUGAGCGGCUCAUGCCGACCAUCCUGAAGGUGUCUGUUGGAGCGACCCUCGCGUUCGCCAUGGAGAUCAGCGAAUUCCUCGUGGUCACAUACACCUCCAGCCUUACGCUGUCCAUCGCUGGCAUUUUCAAGGAGAUGUGCAUCUUGGUGCUGGCGGUGCAGGUGAGUGGUGACCAGCUGAGCGCGAUCAACGCGGUGGGUCUGGCGGUGUGCCUGCUCGGCAUCAUCGGGCACAUCGUGCACAAGCUGCUCGUCAUCAAGGCUGUCGCGGGCACCGUGCAAGCGAUCGACGCUGACGACUUCGACGCUAUCAGUCAUACCAGGUCACCCAAAGACGGCGAGCAUGAUGAGCCGUUACUCAAAGAGAAGACUUGGCUCAGUGAAGAGAGUGACGUGGACGCGAACGUGGUGCUGUACCAAGUGCUUCAGAGAAGGGACGGUAAAUAAAGAUAAGUUGGAGAGGUUCACCUAGGAUCGACACACUACGAAACAAUGUUGUAAUUUAAACUUGUUCACAUUCCGUUGUUUUGUGGUCAGUGCAGGUGACAACGAAAUGUGAACGCUUGGUUUAUGGCAACAUAAUUCAAAUUCCUAUCAUGCGUGCUGUUUCUGAGUAGGUCCUAAAGAAAUUCAGUUUGUUAUGAAACUUAAAGGAUGAAGAAAGUUGAAAUUUUGUCGACUACUAUUUUAUUACUUUCGAAAUCGACCCUUGUGAAAAUAUGAUUUAAUAUAGUAAGUAAGGUGGAAUGGAUUCAUGAAUUUAAACAACUGGGUAUAUGCAUUGACAGUGGUGACCACACCAUCAGGUGAUUGUCAUUGAAGUCUCAUUCCAAACUGAUUUUCAACCGUAUCCUUAUUGUAAAUCGAUUUUGUACGAGAUAGUAGUACCUCGAUAUUCCGCUAGAGGCGUUGCCUGUUUUUAUAAACGUUCUUCUCUUGAGGGUUUCAUGUCAAGUCACUGGAAAUUUGUUUGGGCGACAGGAAUGUACGCAACGUAAGCAAUUCAGUAUGCUGAUGUUAAUAUUUUUGUAUUAAAAGUACACAUAUUUAUUAAUGAAUAAAUAGACCCCAAUAUGGUUGGUAUUUUGGUGUGUGACAAAAUCCUGGUUUUGUGUCAGGAACGGCUAUAUUACUUAAUUUAUUUAUUUAUUCUCUUCGUUCGGUCAUCGGUUAACUUCACAAUGGGGUAAUUUUUCUCAAAGGAACACAAACUCUAACGCUUUGCAUUUAUGAUUUAAUAUUGAAAUUCCUUGUAGCCCAAACGAAUAUAUUCGAAUUUAAAUAGAUAAAAUUAUGUAUAAAGUUAUAUUUAUAAUGUAUAGUCGUAUUUUUAUACUAAUCUAAUCUUAUAUUCAAUUACUUAUUCAAGUGGCUUUUGUGAAAAGCUUUUUUUUGUUAUUUUUGUUGUUUUGUUUGUUGUUCUCCCUAGGUACACUUGCUUGCUAAAAUGUCUGAGUUCUAGAAGGCAAAAGGAGUAGGUAUUUAAAAAAUUUAGAGUGUUAGUAGAUUUAUUAAUCUACUACAUAUUUGGCACACACCAUACAGCCUCAAUGCGGUGGCAGGAACGUGAGCUGUCAUUAAAGCGUCAUUAACAGCUGUUUCCAAUAAACGAUCCCAAUCUCAAUCUUCAAUCCGAUUCCGACAAUGAACCAAUCAUAAUAACUCAUUUGUAAGAAGUCAAAAAAAUCCUUGUUCUGAUUGGUUCAUUUUUGAGAUUGAUUGAAAAAAGAGAUUGGGAUUGUUUAUUGAAAACGGUGGUUAGACGGAACGUUUAUUUCUAGCAAUAAUCAUAUACAAUUAUUGCUUAUAGAAGUCACUCUGUCUGGACAUGCGAGGCAAUUCUCGCCCACUUUGUCGUAUACGAGCCUUUAGAACAAAUAUAAAAAAAAUAUUGCUAGCCAUAAUGGUUUGACAAUUAUUCUCGUAAUAAUUGAUCUGAUCUUGUCCGAAUGAGGCUUAACAAGCAUUUGUGACUGACGUAUUUUUACGUUGUAUGUACGGUUCGGUCACAGUUCUGAUUGCACGUUAACGGUUAAAUCUUAUAUUGAUAGGAAAACAUACCUUCUGGAAAUGUUGCCUAAAUGAUGUUUUCGCUUGCAAGUUGUGUCCAAAUUUCCAAAACACCUGGACAUUCCGAUAUUGUGUGUAUUCUUUAAUUUAACUUGUAGACGUCAGUGCUGACCGAUGGAAUAACGGUGAUUGCAUUUGACAGUACUCAUACGGUUGAAACGGCACUUUCUAAUACGGUUGAAAUCGCACGCAUCAUUCCUUGUUUUGCUGCUUUGUUAAAUGAAUAUCACAUUUAUCAGGAAGUCUAUAAAUGUCCGUUUUGAUUGAGUCGUCAGCGCUGAUCAUCUUUCUCCCUCUACAUUCCUUGAAGGCCGAUCGGGAAGGGAAGGGCGUACACUAGGCAUACUAAUAUCCGGUUCCUAUUCGACAUAUUAAGAUUUCAAAACACGUUUAAAAGAGUGUUUAUAUCCUCGUGAAAAAGAAUGCAGAUAUAAAAUAGAACUGUCUAAAGGGUUAUGUUCGGAAAUGCAUUCAAUCAAUUAAAUCAGAAUAAUAUAGAUUGAAUAAGCGAUCGUCGAAUAUCGGCUGAUUUUGAUAAACAAUUUCAAUCGUUGAAUUCGGAUGACAGAAACACUGGAUCAAUCAGAAUCAAGUUGUAUUGUUUACAAUUUAUUUGCGGAUGGUAGGAUGUAUUUUAUAUCCGCUCGGAUAGCGACCACUGUACACAAGGUGUUAAAAACCGCUGCAGUGGCCCACGUAAGUGUGUCGCGUUCCGGGACCAGCCUGUGUCUAUCCGGCUCCAACACACCGACUGACGACAGGCAGUCAUUUUUCGUCAGUAGACAUUUAAUUGCUCCCCCCUCCGCUUAUCAGGUGCAGUGGGGCCAAAUGGCCGUGCACGUGCAAAAGAAAGACUUAUUUUUUAUUGGUUUAUUCCAACCAUUGAUGUGGUUUAUAUAAAUCAGCAUAUGAUAGUAUUACGAUGUGUGAUGCACGGUCUCAGUUGAAUCCAAAGUUCUGAUAUAUUGCUAUUGAAUAUUAGUAGGCGUUUAAAAUAACUCAGCUGAUAUAUUAAUUUAGAUCAAACAAUAUUAGAAGUCUAGACUAGCCUAGAUAUGGCUCGUCUAAUUAUAAAGAAGCUGUCCUCGUCUCUAUAGCAAAGUUUGGCCGAUUAAAUAUAAAGGUACGUGUACGCUAUCUUUAUUGUGUAAUAAUUGUUGUGUAGGCGUAACUUAACAAUAUUUAAUUAGGUUUGCAACGGCGCUUAGUAAUAGCAAUUAUUUCAAGUCCGCACCGAUUUUUGACACGCAGUGUUUGAUCUUUAUCAUACUACGAUACGACCAGUUUUGGCCGCUGUGUUCGAGCAGUUUUGGUUGCUGCGCUCGAGCAGUUUUGGUUGCUGCGCUUAAACAGUUUUGACAGCUGUACUUGAGAAUAAUACUCAAUACGAAAUUUAAUGUUUAUACCGUUCCCGUAUCGGUAGAAAUUUAUCUUUAUAAACACAUAAAAAAAAAAACGAAACGCAUUAAUAUACACUUUAGACAAAUAGCUCCAUAAAUAAAUUUACUUCACACCAACGUUAGCAUAAAGUUAGUACGUUAAUAGUUAACUAAUUAUACAUAAUAUUCCGGGACUGGUCUUCUCUACAAUUACUAUAGGAUAUCUAACAAGCUGGUCUGUAGAAACAAAUACAUUAAAACUAGUACUACAUUUGGUGCCUUAAAUAGUGAUUACCGGUAGAUAGCGCACAAUUAUAGUGUUUAGGAACAUCGGUCGUCUUCCAUUGCGUCAUAAGCAAUACUUAUUCGAUUAGUAUAAUCUCCGCACAUGAAGUCGCCUCUUAAUUAAAUAAAAAUAGAACUGGGGCAAUAUAAAUACAUUUAAUGAAAAACUCAAAUUACUAAUCAAGUUACCUACGAAAUAUCAAUUAUAAUUAAAAUUUAUAGAUCAAGUACUUUUUGCAAAUUAGCUUAGCGCGGUAAAUUAGCAUUCGAUUGAAAUUUAGAACUCAUCCUAUCAAUGUAAUUUGUAUUAUAUAGAUGACAUUAACUGUCUAAAUUAGUAAAUAAAAAAAUAGUUAACUUAUUCACGGCUGUUUUUAAUAAAUGAUCCUAUUAGCUUUUUAUAAUCUAUCGCGAUAAUUGACCAAUCAGAACACAGAUUUGUUGACACGCUUCCAAAUGACUUAUUGUGAUUGGUUUAUCGUGAUGGGAUCAAAGAUUAGGAUUGGGAUCGUUUAUGGAUAUCAGGUUUUAGUCAAGCAGUCAAUACGUCGACUUCUAGUUCGUGUAAUCACGUUAUAAAUAAUUUGCCUAGAGAUUAUAAUAAAAUGUAAACGAACAUUUUAUUCCUGAAUUAUACUUGUAUUUGUUGAAACAAAUAUUCUUCUAUUUUUUUUUAUUCAGUCUCUAUCUUACAUUUUCAAACCUGGUAAUAAUACGAAAUUAAACAUUCAAUUAGUUUUAUCAGUAUUUCUGUACUUAACUUGGAGAAAAGCAAUACAUUUGAUAACAGUCAAUUAGUUCAUAAGCACUUUCCGACUCAUUUGACGUAGACUAGAUACAUGUUAAUAGGUAAACAACGAUCCUAAUUAAAAUCGCACCUUAUAUAACAAGUGCCUAGUAUAUAGUAACGCUUAGAGUACGCCCUGCCCCUCCGCACUCUCUUAAGCAUUUAUCUCUUUUUCAUAACACUUAAUGUUCAGAAAAAGUAAUCGUGAAAUAUUAAUAUUAACUACCAGCCGAAGUACGAAUGUCCGUAACAAAUACAAAAAUUAUAUUUUUCUGCACUCAAUAUAAAAUUUAAUUAUGCCAAUUUUCGCACACCUGCGCGCGCGCAAUGUUCUUAAAAAGGGGUACAAAGGUUUUUCUUCACACACGUUCUUAUCUCGGCGUCACUGUAGUACAUAUUUUUAUUAAUAUUUUUAACAAUGUCGAAUAGUUAUACAUUGUCUUGUCGCCACAGUAAUAACAAUGACGGUAAGUGAAGGAAUCGCAAAUUUAUUUUAAAUAUUAUAGCAUUCAACAAAAUUAAAAAGAUUUUAUGGCAUUAUUGCGUAAUUAAUUUUGGUUGCAUUUGCCCCUUUGUAAUUCUUAUGGUGCGCUAUAUUGAGAGGCAUUUAUAUUAGGAAACAAUACCACACAUUGUAUAACUAUUAUUGUAGAUAAUGUUUUGAUUGUUUCUAGAAUAUUCGAUUUGCAUAAGUAAUUGUUUUCCAAACGAUCGGCCUUCGGCUAAUGUUCCACAAUGAAGUUAAUAGUGAGAAAUAGUAUAAAUUUUACAUAGAUUUAAUGUAAGCAUUUCUUAGUUGUAUUUAAUUGAAAUAUUAGAUAUGUACCUUACGGUUUAAAAGACACAUAGCCGUGUCGGUCUCGAUGUUUUUUUUAAUUUUAAAAAAUUGAGGCAUUGGCAAAGUGUUUCAAUACACCUCAUGUUGAGUGAAGAAUAGCCUAAUGAAAAUGCAAACAGCAAGAGAGAUAAUUAAAAUGAUAAAGGCAACCAUUUCUUAGAUAUCAUUAGCAUUAACUUGCUUUAAAUAUUUCUUUUAACCUCUUAUGUAGUGUGAAAUCAACAGCAAAAUUGAUUUAAUACAUAAUAAGAAUCAAUAAGGUGCAUAGCUAAAGUUUUAACUAGAUAUAAAAUAUUUUGAAAGCGCAGCGUAUGUAACGAAGAGUAAACGUUGAUCUCUCUGUCCACCCACUCGGCGUGAUGCAAGGUGCAAGUACAUUUAUAAAAUUGUGUUGCUAUCAUAAUACCAUCGCACCCUUAUUCAUAGACGUUAUUUAUCUAAGGACGGAGCAUUGCUGUGAUAACAAGUCUGUUUCUCAGCUUUGUUUUUCUGACGGCUUGCUGUUUGUUCAGCUUUGUUUAUCUGACAGCCAAUUAGAUUUAAGUCGUAUCUCAAUAUUAGCCAAUCACAACGGCCCUAUGUCUACGCACUGCGAAGGCUGCCAUGCCGUCAGCACUGAGAAACAGACUUGCGAUCACAGCAAUGCUCCGUCCUUAGAUAAAAAACGUCUAUAAAUAAGGCGGUCAGUUUUUAAUGGUAAAGAAACUGUCGUCGAAGUCAGGUCAAUGUUUAUGGUCAAUCAAGUUCAGGUCAAUAUUUACAUAUGUUUUUAAUUUAUUCACUCGCCGACUAAAAUGCGCAACUUGAUCGAAGUUGCAGAACAGAGCGCGGCGUCUGGAUUAGUCUACCACGGCGUGCACUGUUGCGCAACAUUGCCAAAGAUGUCGAACGUCAUGUUGCGCGUCAAACGUCGCCUAGUGUAAAACGUGCAUUUUUUUCAAAUAUUGAGUAGCCUGCUUAUCAUGAAAUUGAUAAAUCAUGUUACGGGCUUGUUGUACAUAUUAUUUUUAUAUAAUUUAGUAAGUAAGAUUUGUAAUGUAAAAGCACAAAAUGUUUAUUGGACCAAUAUGUAAUGGAUUUAUUGUAAAAAAAAUUGUCUACUUAGUCAUAAAACGUACAACGAACAGGCACGUAAGUACCAUAUGGUGAUAUUCCGAAAUGUUCAUAGAUACAAUAAGGCGGUAUCCGAAUAGAGAUGUCAAUGUUAUUUUAUGAUUAUUUAUAUACGUAACAAUCGAUUCAUUAAUUAAUUUUCACAAUGCCGAUGGCUCCCAAGUAAACUAUCGUAUCUGAUAAUAUAGUGAUUUUGACUUUUUUAGUUUUUCGUUAUUUAGGCACUGUUUACUACCAAACUAAUUAAAAGAAAAUCUUCAUUUAUUACCCUUUCAGAUAGUAUACUUAGGAGCCAUCGAAUAUGUUGAAUGGUUUGAAAAUUGGUAAAUUGACAGGAACGUAAUGUAGGGUUUUAAGAAGUCUACCAAUUACUUGCUUGAUACCUUCGAAAUAUUAACUAUGACAAUCGUUUUAAAGUGAAAAAUAUUAUUUCUAAAUAACCACAAUGCCUUAAAAUUUAACUCAACGUCAAAAUAUAAGAAAAACGCCCAUACUAAAUGACCAUCCCGAAAAAUCGUUAUAUGCCUCGUAUUAAUGGAAGAAAUCUACAUUUACACAGAUUUUGGACGACUUUAAAAUCAAAUAAUGAGAUGGUGUUCUAUCGUGGUUAGCUUAUUUUCUAUGUGCCUAUAAUCUUGCUAAAGAAAUACCCGAGGGUUAGUCAUAAAACAAAGAAACGUCAGGUAGCAACUCCAAAAAGUAAAUAAUUUUUUGCCGUCAAAGAUCAGUCCAAAUGCAAAUUGCAGCAAUAAAAUACACAACUCAUUUAGAUAUUCAAUUCAACAUGAAAUUUACCAAACUAUAUAUUAUUAUACUUUUUGAUCGCAGUUUACGACCGUGAAGAAAAGAAAUUCGGUGUGUUUAAUAUAUUUUAAUAUCCAUAUACAUUUACAAAAAUAUGAUUAGUAAUCAGUGCCUCGCUAUAUGUCGCUGACUUUACCAUACAAAUAAAUUGUUCAACCACAUAAUAAAUCACAUUACUUGUCAGAGUCACUUCAAGACACUGUGAGCUCAUUCUGUGUAGAUCGGACCACCAACAGCUAAAAUUUAAAAAGUUGUAUAAUUGUAAAAUGUAGGUAGAUUGUAACUUUGACUUUGCGGAUGAACAACACCUCAGUCCCCCCCCCCGCAACCAUGAAGGCUGCAAAGUCUUCGAAACGUCAGGAGAAAACUAGGAUAUUAAAACCGGGAUAAAUCCGAAAAAUAGUUUAUUUUUAAUGUCAGUCACUUUGUCCAUUUUGUGUGUUCAUCAAAUGAUAUACCGACACUUGCAAUAUGUUGCGCAAGAACUUCCAAAUGCGUUUACACUAGCGGCAAUAUUUCAAUAGUUCUAUAUACUCGCGACUUGCUGCAAUUACAGCAAGCUUUAAACGAUUGCAACAAUCAACUUACUGUGAUUGUCUACACAGCAAAAAUACUUGCGGAAGUCGACUUCAAAUUUUCUUCCUUAUAUAAUCCCCGCUUAGAAGCUCAAUGUCGUUUUCUAGACUCGCACAUAUACGUGGAGGUAAACAAUUUAAUAUGUUCUAAAUUACUGGGUUUUUGACCCAAAAAAAAGUCCCUAUACAGCAAUAACUAAGCCAAAGUUGUACAUACAUGUAAAGUCAAAAAUUAGGUAGAUAAAAUUAUUACGCGAGUUGAAUAUCUUCGAGUACUGUAAACUAUAUUUAAUUUAACAUACAUUUACUCAGGAUUUUUUGGUUAACACAUUCCUUGCCCUAUUCCAAUUUAAUAUAAAAAAAAUGUUUAAACUUGCUUCCAUUUUAAUUGGACAGUAAUGUAUGCUCCUCUGUCUAUGUUAAUAAUAAGUUAUUUAUAUUGAAUUUCCGUGCUUGUAGAAGGCACAGAACGCGAUCGAUCAGUUAGAAUAUUUAGUUUUUCCUGGACCCGGAUACUAAUAAUUACUAUACUAUGAGACAAAUGUCUCGUGCUGCAAAUCCGAUUAAUCACUUUUGUGGAACUGUUGUGCUAUGUGCCGAAUACCGAUAGCAAUGUCUACUUAUUACAAACUUACGACGGUUUUCAAUAAACGAUCCCAAUCCUAAUCUCAAUCCGAUAUCGAAAAUAAACCAAUCAGAUUAAGGCGUUUGUAAGCAUGACAAAAGGACUUGAUUGUUUUAUUGUCGCGGUGGAUUGGAAAAAGUGAUUGAGACCGUUUAAUUAAAACGACGGAUCAUUAUAUAGGAAGCUAAUGCCGUCGACAGAUAUGUUUUAAAUUAGUGAUAUAGAAAAUUGUGAGCCUUUACGAUCCCUUUAAAUAACAAUUAGUUCUACUUAUUCAUGACAAAAGUGAUCUACUUACUACGGAGAACCAUGAUAACUCGCUGUUCAAGGACAUAUUUAACUAUACAAGACAGGCUCUAGGCUUGAAGUCGAGACCGUUCAUAUGCUUUGCGAAAUGGGGUUGGGAUUUUAAAAGAUAACAUAACGCAAACCAAAGCGCCUUUUAGUUUAAAUUUCUUUGCCUGUUGGCUGUCAGUGAGCCUCACAAAGGCAGUGUCCACGACAAUUGAUUUAGUUUGUAUGGCUUGGUUUUACAAGAACGCUGUUAGUUGGAUUCCGAGCACAUCAUAACUGUUAAUUACAUGUAUCGGAUGCAUCACUUCCAUAGUGACUUAUAAAGUUCUCCUCUCAGACUCUGACACGGUCAAUUGUCACGAUUCCUAAAAUAGAAUAGUAUAAUAAAAUUUUCAAUACGUUACAAUGAACUAAUUAUUGGUACAUUUUGUGACCCGUAUACAGUUUUUAUAUUUAUAGGCAAAUUAGUUGUAAGUUCGCAAAAUAGUCAUUUCGUUAGGGCUUAGAGUAGUCGCCAGCGUAAAACCGUGUAUCUACAAAAUUUUGUGUUUUAUGUAUAUUGUUUUUGAUUUAAAGUUUAUUGUUAAUUGUAUAUUUUAUUUGCAAUGAGGGUUAUCCCGCGGAAUCCAGUUAAAGUUGGUGGAAUUUAAAUGAACGUACGGAUUUUUUCUUGGUUUAAUUUUUUGUCUAAAUUCUUUUAAAAAUGUUUCACAUUCACUCCGUAAAUGUUUAUCUGUACAGCGUAAAGCGUAGUGAAAACUUAAAAAUUGUUGUUCAACGUAUUACAAAUACAAUUUAAUAAACUUUGUAAUACUCAUUAAAAUCAAUUAAUCUGUUACUGGAUUCCGUUAUUUUUUAUUAAAAUGUGCGCAUGUUGGGACUUGAGCGACCAAAUAAAAAAAAGUCAAUGAAGUGUAAUAUGUGUUAAUAUGUUAUAUUUUAUUAUUGUAAAACUAUUUUACAUUGUGUGCUUUACGCAAAUCGCAGACGACCGUUUUUUGUCGGUAACCGAUUUUUAUCGGACCAUUAGUGAAUCUAGUCGAGGUGAUUUAGUCUCCGAUUUUAUGGAGACUCAACGCGGUUUAUCACGUCAGUCGCUUAGGGCAGUCUCAAAAGGGAUACAUUUUAUUUUGUACACGAAACAGUUCAAUUAUGUAAUAAAAUUUUAUUCCCAUUUUGCAUUCUAUUCGUGCAAUCUUGGAUGGCCGAUUAUUCACCGUCGCCUGCGUUCUGCAUUAAAUCAUACGUAAAUUAUAAUGGAUUCACAUUUAUCGCUGGUAUAUCUAGUUAUAUAAAUAUUGUAAGAAAAAAAAUAAACAAAAAAAUUUGAAAAGUCGAUGUGUUAUUUAUCUUGCCAUGAUGUUAACCAAGGUUCAACCUUUGUAUAUGUUGAAUUUGUAUUAAACGCGCGUUUAUCAAA